AUGAGUAUUCAGUCGACACCAACUUCAAAAACCGCAAUUUCAACCAGUGCGUCUUCAACGACAUCACCCGACACUCAACGAACAUCACCAAGAUCAAAAAUGUACUCAAAAUCUGCAGCCUUGCGAUCUACAACAUCACCUUCUGAGUAUUUUUCUAAUGAAUCUUUGCAAGAAAGUGGGAUGACGCAGUCGCUGCGCAAUAAAAAACUUAUUCAGAUCAUGUCUGAGGAAGCCGGAGGAACAGCUCGGCAGGUAGAAGACGAACCAUUCUAUCAUGGUUUCAUGUCACACGACGAGUGUAAACCAUUACUAACAACUCCCGGAGAUUUUUUGGUUCGACGCGCGGAGAUUGAAGGCGAAUUACAAUAUGUUAUCACUGUCUUAACGGACGCAAAAGAAACUGCAAAUUUUGUUAUCAAAAAAACUCGUUCAAAACACCUGUAUUACGUGCACUGUUACGCAUUUAAAACAAUUUCUGACUUAAUAGCCUAUCACACGAGGUUGAAGAAGGCACUAAAUCAAGAAAAUGUAUGCAUUAUAAAAGGAAUUGCUAAAAGCGAUUGGCAACUUGCUCAUGAACAGAUUGAGCGGAAUAAAAAAUUGGGUGAAGGAGCGUUUGGGGAAGUAUGGGAAGGUACUUUAAAUCAAGGUGUUUUCCGAGGCCAUGUACCUGUAGCAGUUAAAACACUUCACGCUGAAAAUAUUAGCACUGAUGAACGACUGAAAUUUCUACGUGAAGCAAAUUUAAUGCUCAAACUAAGCCACCCAAAUAUUAUUAAAUUUUAUGGAGUGGCAACUUCCAAAGAUCCAAUCAUGAUCGUAAUGGAAUUAGCAGUUGGUGGAACACUUCUUGUCCGUAUCCAAAAUAAAGAAAAUCCGCCAAGUGAUGACGACAAAAUGAGAUAUUGUGUUGGAGCAGUAGCAGGCCUAGCUUAUCUGGAAAGUAUGCAGAUCAUCCAUCGUGAUAUUGCAGCUCGAAACUGCUUACUAAGUGCUGAUGAUGAAGUAAAAUUGAGCGAUUUCGGACUGUCAUUAUUAGGAAUCAAAUACCGGGAAAGGCACAUGAAGAAUGUACCGGUAAGAUGGCUAGCACCAGAAACUCUAAAAUAUGGUCGAUUCUCCUCCAAAACAGAUGUUUGGAGUUUUGGAAUAACUAUUUGGGAAAUCUAUUCAGGUGGCAAAGAGCCAUAUUCAGAAGUAAAAGACAACAAGGAACUACGAAAAGGAAUCACUGGGAAAAAAUUGAAAGUGUCAAUUCCACCUGGUAUGCCACCACCGAUGCAAUUCAUCAUGAUGAGUUGUUUGGAGCCCGAUUCGGAGAAGCGUCCGACAUUUCGAACUUUAAACGGACAAUUGAUGGCUAUUCGACCCGUAACCGGAACUGCCGCCAGACUUUCAUCCAAAAUAAAAGGAUUAUUUGGCUUUUAA